CCGCCCCGCCCGGGCCGCAAUGACCCGGCCCGCGGGCUCCACCGCCUCAUAGGAGGUCGCGGGUGGCGCGGGGAGGACAGCGGCGCGAGGAGUAAGCGGAGCGCGGCGCGGGUCCCCGGCUGCCCGGCCGGGUCCCUCUGCGCCGGGUGGACGCCGCCACCGCCACCGCCACGGCCACCACCCGCGCCAUGGGCCCGGGACCCCCGGUGGCCGGGGCGGGGGCGGCCCCGCGGCCGCUGUCGCCGGCGGCGCGGCUGAGCUACGCCGUGGGCCACUUCCUCAACGACCUGUGCGCGUCCAUGUGGUUCACCUACCUGCUGCUCUACCUGCACUCGGUGCGCGCCUACAGCUCGCGCGGCGCCGGGCUGCUGCUGCUGCUGGGCCAGGUCGCGGACGGGCUGUGCACGCCGCUCGUGGGCUACGAGGCCGACCGCGCCGCGGGGGGGCGCUGCGCGCGCUACGGGCCCCGCAAGGCCUGGCACCUGGCGGGCACCAUCUGCGUUCUGCUGUCCUUCCCCUUCAUCUUCAGCCCGUGCCUGGGCUGCGGGGCAUCCACCCCCGAGUGGGCCGCACUGCUGUACUACGGGCCCUUCAUCGUCGUCUUCCAGUUCGGCUGGGCCGCCACCCAGAUUGCGCAUCUGAGCCUCAUCCCAGAGCUGGUCACCAGCGACCAUGAGAAGGUGGAGCUCACAGCUCUCAGGUACGCCUUCACCGUGGUGGCCAACAUCGCGGUCUACGGGGCCGCUUGGCUGCUGCUGCACCUGCAGGCCUCCGCGCACGCGGGGCCCACCGAGGACAUCACCAUGGCUGGCCAGCUGGGUGACCAGGACGUGCCCGUGUUCCGGAACCUGUCCCUGGCAGUGGUGGGUGUGGGAGCCGUCUUCUCUUUGCUGUUUCACUUGGGCACCCGUGAGCGGCGCCGGCCGAGGCGGGUGGAGGAACCAGAUGAACACAGUCCCCUGGUGUCCCCGGCUGCUCGGCCCCUGCUGCUCUGGAAACACUGGCUCCAGGAGCCAGCUUUCUACCAGGUGGGCAUCCUGUACAUGACCACAAGGCUCAUUGUGAACCUGUCCCAGACCUACAUGGCCAUGUACCUCACGUACUCCUUACACCUGCCCAAGAGGUUUAUCGCGACCAUCCCACUGGUGAUGUACCUCAGUGGUUUCUUCUCCUCCUUCCUCAUGAAGCCUCUCAACAGGUGCAUCGGGAGGAAUUUCACCUACUUCGCGGGGCUCCUGGUGGUUCUGGCCUUCGCCGCCUGGGUGGCGCUGAGCAACAGGCUGGGUGUGGCAGUGUACGCGGCAGCCGUGCUGCUGGGCGCGGGUUGCACCACCAUCCUGGUCACCUCGCUGGCCAUGACAGCCGACCUCAUCGGUCCCCACUCGAGCGGAGCCUUCGUGUAUGGCGCUAUGAGCUUCUCAGACAAGGUGGCCAACGGGCUGGCUGUCAUGGCCGUGCAGAGCCUUCACCCCUGCCCCUCAGAGCUGUGCUGCAAGGCCUGCAUGGGCUUCUACCACUGGGUCAUGGUGGCUGUGACAGGCGGCGUGGGUGUGGCUGCCACCCUGGCGCUCUGCAGCCUGCUCAUCUGGCCCAUCCGCCUUCGCCUUCGGAACCAGGACCAUCUGCAGAUCCCAGAAACUUCCUGACCUGGAGGCAUAGCAAGAGGACGUGACUCAGCUUGGGGCACAGGAGGGUUGGGGUUGGGCAGGUGGCCCAGGAGGACAAAAAGGUCCGCGAUCAGAUGUGAAGUGGUGUGCCUGCCCGGUGCGCUGGGCUGGGAGGCCUCAGAGGCGGAAGGCUUCUCAGGCUGGGAGCCGGGAGGGCUCUCCUGAGGCAGCGCAGGCAGCAUGUGCGAAGGCCCAGGACAGUGUAUACACAGGGGAAGGACUGGGAAAGACCAGAGCUGCCAUACUAGGGGGUGGGGUGGAGAGAUGCAGCUGGAGAAGAACCCCAUAUUGUGCUUUUUGUUGAGGUGCCGGGGAUGGAACGCCAGCCUUUGGGUUUUCUGUUUGGAGCCAGGGUCCUGCUGCGCUGCCCGGGCUGAGCUCCAGCGGGUGUUUAAUUUGCUGUGUGCGUUCGAGGCCCCUGGCCCCAAAAGGGUCGAGCCUGUGUCCCACGCUGCCAGCCCCAAGGCCGCCAAGCUGCACUGCAGGGGGACAAGAAUCUGGAGGAGACCAGGUAGCGGGGAGGGAGAAGGGGCCACCACACAGCAGGACACGACAGACACAUCCCCUCACGGCUGAGACUCGGGGUCCCCAGAAGUGAGAGACGG